CUCGACGGGUAUGAGGGAAAGCCCACUGAGCUCACGAAGGAUGUGUGGGAUGGCCUCAUCGCCUAUUGGAAGCACCCCGCUUCGAUCAAAAAGGCCAAUUCCAAAAACCACAUGCAGGCAUCCGUCUAGAAGUUUUGGAGAAGACGGGAGUCUUACCAUCUCUGUCUGACCUAUUCAACAUGACUCACGCCACAUCCGACGGAGUUUUUGUGGAUCCUGCAUCUGAGAAACUCGCUCAAGCAGUGGCUACUCGGAUUGAAGAACGGGAGACGCAACUAACUCAGGAGUCUCCCGAUGGAUUACCCGUCACAUUGUCUACCGAAGAAGCCGACAGAAUCUUCGAAGAGCUGGCUCCUAGAAAGAAGGGACGAAUAGUCGGUAUAGGCUCUGUUAACCAAGUUGCAAGGGCAACUUCGUCAUACAAGUCGAGACGGGAUGAAGAGACUUCUCAGAUGAAAGCUCGAAUGGAUAGCCAGCAGGUUCGUUUAGACUCUCUUGAGGAUUUGCUAGACGUGAUGGCCGUGGGAAACCCGCUUAUGCAGACAAUGUUGAGUCAGAGACGAGCCGCUCUUGGGUUGCCAGUACGAGAUCCCCAAGAGUCCGAUCCAACCCGUCAACAGCCGAGCAACCCCACCGACUACUUCGAUGAUAUGUAGUUUUUUUAAUAUUUCGGUUUGUAUUAUGAAUUUAAAUAUUAUGACUUUUAAAUGCUUUUUUAUAUAUGUCUUUUAUUUUCAUAUUUCGUUUUAAAAUUAAAAUUAUUUAAAAUUCUGAAUUUUAAAUAAAUUCAUAUUUAUAUAUAUAUAUGAGGUUAAAAACAAUAUUCAAAAUAUAUUAUAAAACGAAAUGUCGAUGUAGGCUCGACGUAAAACAUUUACAACUGAUUACCGUCGAAAGAUUUACGAGUCUUUUACAUCGAAGUUUUUACGUGGUCUUUACAUCGAAAUGUUACGCGGAGUUUACAUCGAAAUAUUUACGAGUGUGUUACAACGAAUUUGUUUACGUGUGCUUUACAUCGAAUCCAUUACGUGGAGUUUACCACGACAAUUUACGUGUCGUUUACGAUGAAUCUCUGCCCUGCGCUUUACGAGGAAUAUAUUUCGUCGUAAACUUAACAAAUCAUUUACGACGAAACGUCGGUUACGACGGGCGUUUUACGACGAAACGUGUUUCGAGGUUCAUUCGUCGUAACACCCCGUUUACGACGAAGUUACAACGUAUAUUGCCCUCGUAAAAAAUAUGUUUUCUUGUAGUGUAAACACAUAAUAACCAUUAUUGAAAAUAACGUUAAAACAUCUAACUAAUCACUCCAGAAAAAUAUGUUUUCUUGUCCUUGUUUACAAGAUGUUGGUGCCAACUUUGGUAAUUGCUUCAAACUGAAACGAGAAGCAAGAGAACUGAUCAUAAGGAGUUGUAGAUUUGCGGUCUUGCCUGGUGAACAAAUCCCCAUGUACUUUCUUUGGCAGGCCACGGGAAGUUCCCUUUCCCUGUCGACGAAAUGGAGCGGCGCGGAUGAUCCUAUGCCAUUGAUGGGUUGUGUAUUGGUAGUUAAUAAGGUAGGUGACAGGAGGAGUUGGAUAUUUAUUAUUGCGUCAAGGGUGGUACCACCAGUGUAAGAAGGCAUAGAUCAGGAAUACACUCGCAGCGUUUCCCAGUUUUAAACGAGCAUCUCUACACGUUCGAGAUCGAAGAAAAUGUGAGUUGCGGGGAUUCAUCAGUGUUUGAGUUUGAAGUAAGAGAUAAGAAACGGGAGGUUAGAGAAUGCGGUCUAAAUUUGGUUAUCCAACUUUGAUUUUUAAAUUUGAAAAACAAAAUCUUUCAACUUCAACAAUAUGUAUAAACAAGAAACAAGAUGAAGUGUCACUAGUAGAAAACUUCAAAAUACACACGUUUUGGACACGGUAGUAUCGUGACUUAUUUUGUGUUAGUCACGACAAAGUCACAUUUAGUCACGAAAUAGGAAAACGUGACAAUCUGUGUCUUUUUCAUGGCUAAAUAGACACGAAUUGGUCACAUAUGUUUUCGUGACUAAACGUAGUCACGAUUUGUCACAAACUAUUCGUGACUAAACUGUCACGUUUUCAAAACCGUGUAUAAACCGUGGCUUUUAGAGUCACUAAAUGACACUAGCUAAACCGUGACCAAGACGAUGUCUAAUCAAAUAAUCAAAAACUUUAGUCUCACUCCAUUUCGUGACUAAAGUGAGACUUUUCCAACAAAAAAAUAUCAUAAACUUUACAUCAAAGUCAGAAAACGGGACUGUUUUGGCUGGGAAUAUAUUCGAAUUUGGUUGGUCACAGUAGGCAUCGUGACAAAAACAUGUCAUAUCUAGUCACGGUUUCAUUAUUGUGACAAUUUCCAUGACUAAAACAACACAAAACAAACACUUUCGUGGAAAUGAAGAACACAAUAUCAAACAAAGAAAACCUCUCCUCUCUAUAUUUUUAUGUGUUCUUGACAAAUUAGUGAACGUGUUUUCUCAACUCUUUCUUUUGUAUUUCAUAAUUUCAAUGUCUCAUUUCUUUCAAUCAAGAGAGUGGAUGGAUCGACAUUUAGAUCCAAUCCGAAAUUGUGUUUCUGAAGAAUUUAUGGAGGGAAUUGAAGUGUUUCUAGCUUUUGCUUGUAAUCAAGAGUCUUACCAAGGAACAAACACUAUGUUGUGUCCAUGUGCACGAUGCAAGAACCGGAAACAACGUGAUGCAAAGACGGUUUCUAAACAUCUUUUCCGAGUAGGAUUUACGGGGAAUUACUAUGUUUGGUCAAGUCAUGGAGAAAGCUGUUACAACGUUGGACAAUCUUCGGGGACAAGUCAUUUUUAUGGAGAAGAAACACAAGAAGAAGCAGAAGGUACAAACUAUCAAAUUCCAAACGAAAUGUACGUUAAUAAUCCAUUUUCCAAUAUAAAUAUAAAUUUGGAAGAAGAGUUUGAAGUAACUCCUACUUUGGAGUAUGUGGUGGAAGCGGGUAAUGAAGAAACAUAUCACGAUAAUGUUUUUAGAGCCUAUGAAGAUGCAAGCCAACCACUUUAUGAUGGAUGUUCUGAAGGAAUUUCUCAACUAUACUUGGCUUCACGAUUGAUGAAAGCAAAAACCGAUUACAAUUUGCCAGAAGCUUGUAUCGACGAGAUAUCAAAAACUUUCAAAGAUGUUCUACCGAAGCCGAAUAAAGCGCCAUCAUCUUAUUACGAAACAAAGAAGCUGGCCCGAUCACUUGGCCUCCCUGUUGUGAAGAUUGAUAUUUGUGAGGAUAACUGCAUGUUGUUUUGGAAAGAAGAUAAAGAGCUUUUGGCAUGUCGGUUUUGUGGUAAAGACAGAUACCACCCAAACAGAGGAAGAGGAAAAAAUCGUCCUAAACAGAGGAUGUUUUAUAUGCCGAUUACGGAACGUCUGAAACGUCUAUACCAAGUAGAGACAACUGCAUCACAUAUGCGAUGGCACGCAGAGCAUAAUUCUCCUGAAGGAGAAAUGCAUCACCCGUCAGAUGGAGCGGCAUGGAAGCAUUUUAAUGGGGUAUAUCCUCAAUUCGCUGCUGAAAGUCGUAACAUUUAUUUAGGCUUAUCGACAGAUGGAUUUAAUCCAAUCGGUAUGAAUGGUGAAGCACAUUCGAUCUGGCCCGUUAUCGUAACUCCAUAUAACUUACCACCUGUUAUGUGUAUGAAAAGGGAAUAUUUAUAUCUGUCGAUACUAGUUCCCGGGCCAAAACAUCCGAAAAAAAGUAUAGAUAUUUAUCUUCAGCCGCUGAUUGAAGAAUUACAAAGUUUGUGGAGUGAGGGGGUGGAAGCUUAUGAUAUCUCAAAGAAAGAAAGAUUCACAAUGCGAGCGGCACUGAUGUGGACAAUAAGCGACUUUCCAGCAUAUGCAAUGCUUUCUGGUUGGAUGACGCACGGUAGAUUAGCAUGUCCAUAUUGUUUAGAUGAUACAAAGGCGUUUUGGUUACAAAAUGGAAGAAAGCAUAGUUGGUUUGAUUGUCACAGAAUGUUUUUGCCUCAGAAUCAUCCUUACCGGCGAAAUGUUAAUGCGUUUCGGCGGGGACAAACAGUAACAGAUGAUCCACCCCCGUGGUUAACUGGAGAAGAAAUUCUUCGUGAAAGAAUAAACAACAUUGAGGGGUUGUCCAAAACAGUUGAUUGUGGAGGAAAAGGCCACGAGAAGGCUGCACAGACGAUAUCUGGCUAUGGAAAGGAUCAUAAUUGGGUGAAGAAGAGUAUUUUUUGGGAUUUGCCAUAUUGGGAGAACCUUCUUCUUCGACACAACAUUGACUUCAUGCAUGUGGAGAAAAACUUUUUUGAUAAUCUCACCAACACUGUGUUGAAUGUUCCUGGAAAGACGAAAGAUAACAUUAAAUCAAGGAUGGAUCUCCCUAAUAUAUGUAGAAGACAAUCUCUACAUUUAAACGAAGAUGGAACUAUGCCUGUGCCGAUAUUUAGGUUGUCAAAUGAAGAAAAAAGGCAAUUUCUCUCAUGGCUGAAGAAUGAUAUAAAAUUUCCAGAUGGAUACGCUUCAAAAUUUAGUCGGUGCAUUGAUGAAACAAAUAUGAAGCUAUCAGGGUUGAAAAGUCACGAUUGUCACGUUAUUAUGCAACGACUUUACCCAUUUGCAUUUCGUGAACUCCUUCCGAAACAUGUUCAUACCGCAAUUUCAGAGAUUGCACUUUUCUUUCGUGAUAUCUCAGCAAAGAUAUUGCGCACCGAAGAUGUUGUCCUUUUGAAAGAAAAUAUAGGGGUGAAGCUUUGUAACUUGGAGAAGAUAUUUCCUCCAUCAUUCUUUGAUGUUAUGGAACAUCUUCCUGUGCAUCUACCAGAUGAAGCUGCAUUAGGUGGUCCUGUCCAAUAUAGAUGGAUGUAUGUCUUCGAAAGAUACAUGUAUCAUUUGAAAAAGAUGGUAAAAAACAAGGCAAAUAUUGCAGGGUCCAUUGUUGCACAAUCCUUGAAUGAGGAGAUGUCAACUGCAUCUGCAACUUACUUUGGUCAUCCAGAAGUAAUAGAAGAAGCUUCCAUUCGAGGGAAAAUUCGAUUUACUUAUACUUAUGAAGAUGUGCCAAAUUUGUUUUAUCAUGAAGGUCGGGUCAGUGGAAAAGCCACCACGAGAUGGUUAACAGAUGUUGACUUCACCGUCUUGCAAACAUUUAUGUUGCUCAAUUGCGAUGUGUUUGAACCUUAUGAAAGGAUGUUUGACGAGUUUGUGAUGGAAGCAAACCCAAAUAUUACUAGUAAUGAUCUACAGAAAGCGAAAGAUCAACAUUUUGCAAAAUGGGUGAAAGACUUUAUUACAAAUGCCAGUGAAACAUACGAGUUCCCUUUAUGGAUGUUGGAUUUCAUUCAAGGACCGCAUCGUAAUUACACAUCGUGGCCGAUAUAUUUCUCGCGAGGAUAUUGCUUCCACACACAUAGCCAUGGCCAAGAUAAAAAUACCCAACAUUAUGGCGUGUAUGUCCGUGGAACCACAGAGACCGAGUAUUAUGGGCUGAUAGAAGAAAUCAUGAUGAUCGAGUAUGGUGGUGCUGUUGGCUUGAAAGCCAUGAUUUUCAAAUGCAAGUGGUUUGAUACAGUAGUGGGUCGUGGAAUGCGUAAGCAUAAGUCAGGGAUCGUUGAUGUGUCCCCCCGUGGCCAAUAUGAGAAAUAUGAUCCUUUUAUACUGUCUGGUAAUUGUGAUCAAGUAUGUUUCAUUCCAUAUCCGCGUGUGCGUCGUACAAAUGCGGCAGACUGGUGGGCAUGCACAAAAGUUUUGCCUCGAGGGGUAAAUGAAACAUCUGAAGUUGCUUUAACAGCAUUGCAAGAUGAUACACGUAACGAUGUUGUUGCACCGAGUGAGAUGAUACGAAUUGAAUCAUAUGUCGUGGAAGAUGAUUCUGGUUAUGAUGUCUUACCCGUGGCUCCUCCUAACGAUGAAUAUGAAUCAGAAGACGAGUUAGAAGAUUCUUGUGGCGACUCUGAUUCGGAUUCUGAUUCUGAUUAAGGUAAUAUGUAGUUGUGAUAUGUAUUUGAGAUUUGAAAUAUUAUUAAUAAAAUAAAGUUUGAUUAUCGUACUUAUUUGAUUAUUACAAAUAUGUAUCUUGUGUAGGAGUUAUAAUUUAGGGAUUAUAUUUUUAAUGGUUAUAGUUGAAAGGUUGUUGUUUAGUGGUUGUAGUUUGAGGGUUAGGGUUUAGGGGUUAUAGUUUAUAAGGCAAGGGGGUUGUAUUUUUUAGGCUCUGUUGUUUUAUAGUUUGUUUAGAACAAUUGAUUUGUAGUUUUAGAUUACGAAUUUAGAUUUAGUUAAUUUAAAAUGUUAAAGUUGGUUAUUGUCUUAUUGAU